AUGCAUUUGGAAAGAUGGGUAGCAAUGUUGAAGGAGGUAAUGCCAACCGGCCUGGCUUGCUGCAGCAGUGCCACUCUGCACACGGUCCCACCUUUUCCGGACAGUACUGCCAGGUGUUCCUUAGGCAGGGAACAGUCCAGUACUUCGAGGGUAUUUGUGUCCCUGACUCCUGUGGGGAAGAUGAGGUGCAAAUGCUGGUGCUGAAUGGGAGACUUCAGUUUGGUCAGACAUCUCUUGUUCCACCUUUACCCCACAUCCUGGCCAAUAAAUCCACUCAGGAGUUGAUCAUGAUCCACUGUUUAUCCAACACCAUUGAUCCUGAUGCAUCGGACGUCACCUGCCUGUUUGUGUGUUGUGUAAUGGUAGCAAUUCCUCUUGCAGCUACCCUGUUCACAGCUAUAAUAAGGUGGCAAAGGAACAGAGAGGUCAGUCCAACAGCAGAGGCCUCCUGUUUAAACGCAAGUCCGAAUGUUUAUGGGACGCUGAAGACCAACGGCUCCUCCAGUAGCGAAAUAAAUAGCUGCACUUCAGAGGAAAAUAGUAACAACAGCACCAGCCACACUCCACUGUGUUUUCCUCGAAGCUGUUUGUACCGGUGCCUGCAGGUGUUCUCUCUACAAACAACCAGCCAGGGUGUUUUUAGCACCUCCUCAACCAUCCCCGGUGGAGGAUACUCCUCUCUGAAUGGCAUCCGCGUUCUCAGCCUCUUAUGGAUCAUAUGUGGACACUCUGCACAGUUCCCAGUAAUAAACAACCUGGAUAACUACAAAAACUGGAGGAAAACAGUUGAAAGUAACCCUCUGCAUGUGCUUAGUAUCAGUGGACCUGUUUUUCUGGCUGUGGACACCUUUUUACUGCUAGGGGGUCUGCUUAGUGCACGGUCUCUGCUGGGCUCCAUCGAGAGAGCUGAAGACAAACUGAGCCUGGGUUUGGUGGCCAACUACCUCUUUAAGAGGAUUAAAAGAAUUCAACCACUGCAUCUGUUUAUUAUGUGUCUAACCAUUGGCCUCAUCUCUCUGGUCCAGUGGGGACCCUACUGGUUCCCAUUUAUAGAUACACUGAUGGACUGUAAGACUUACUGGUGGGCUAACUUACUGUUGAUUAGCAAUCUUCUCCCAGUCCAUGAGAUAUGUAUUCCUUGGUCAUGGUACCUGUCUCUGGACUUUCAGUGUUUCGCAACCACUCCUCUGUUGGUCUAUUUUUACAGACUGAACAGAGGUGUGUUUACAGUUGUUGCUGGAGGCCUCCUGCUGAUGACCACUGUGACCAGUGCUGUUAUAACUGGACUUCUGCAUCUGCCAGUCUUCCAGCCAUCUACACUGACAUCUGAGCAUUAUGUCUUGUACUACUAUGUAAAACCCUACACAAGAUAUGGGCCGUUUUUAAUAGGGAUCUUGACUGGAAUAUACUUGACAACAAAGAAAGAUCAACUGUUAAAGCAGAAGUGGCAGGCAGUACUUGGUUGGUUCUGCUGUUUAUCUACCAUGGCUGUGUUGGUUGGAUUGGCCUACGUCCUCAGGGAGACCCCGGCCUAUCCAUCUGUGCCACAUGCCCUAUACCAGGGUCUGCACAGACCACUCUGGGCCCUGGCUGUGACCUGGAUCAUACUAGCCUGUGAGGAAGGUUAUGGAGGUUUUAUCAACAGCCUUUUGUCAUUAGGUUUCUGGGUUCCUCUUUCCAACAUUAGUUUUGCCUGCUAUCUGACACAUCCUGUCUUCAUCAUAUUCUAUAUUGGCUUACAAGAGACCCCAAUCCACUACACAGACAUAAACUUUAUGUACCUGUUCCUUGGUCACCUUGUGCUCACGCUGGUGGUGAGCUAUGUGUUCACUGUGCUGAUUGAGAAGCCCUACCUUCUUCUACAAUGGAACAGCACAUAGGGACAAAUCAGCACACAAAAGAUGUAUCCAGUUAACACCUCUAAUCUUAUAUUCAGCUCCCUUUGUGCAUUGCAAGCGAUGCUAUUGUUGUUAUA